GACACAUGUACCGUCACGGAAUAAGCUACCCCAUCUCCAUGGAAACCGAGACGCAAGCUGUGGGGAACAGGAGAAGAGGUAGCACAGGAUUUUGUGCUUAAGCGGAAAGAUCGUUUAUCAUCGGGUGUGCUGUCUCUAACCAUGCCUGGGGAAGGAAAAACCGACAUGGACAGGAUUGGCCUGUUCCGUGAGAUGGGCUACGUUAGUAUUGGAGAUAAAUAUGUUCCUCCGGGUUCUAAGCCAUUUAAUGAAGCAGCCAGUAAGAACAGGCAGAUGCUUCCCGGAGGCUCCAAAACCAUGGCCAACGUAACAGGGGGAUUCUUUGAUGGUCACCCGAAGAGGAUUUUUGAAGGUGAAUCGUAUUCAGAUCCACUUAAACAGAGGAGGAAGUACCGGAUAGAACAAGCCAAAAAGAAUUUGGGAAAGACCUUCUUACCACCUAGUGGGGAGAAAAAGCCAUCGGGAUUGGGCAGCUUCUAUGGAACACUGAGCGGUCCAGUGCCAGCAUUUAGUGCUGAACAAAAACAUAGAAAACCGUACACAGCACCCGGAAAAAAUUUGUACACAAACCCCCCAAAGCUCGGCACAGGAUAUGGAUACCCUAAUGUAACCAUAGGUAAGCAGUACUCAUACACCUCUGAGGAUUAUGACAUAUCAAGAGAGCUGAUGAAGAGAGAAUUUGAAAGCCAUAAGCAAAAAGUAAAAGGUGGUGCAUUUAGGCUAAACCUAUAUCCAAAGGAUUAUUUUGAUGGCAAUCCAUACCACUCUGACAAACCUCUUCCCCCACUGAAGAAGAAAGAUGGUAAAAAGGAAACUGUGAAACCUUUUAAGCCAAGUUCACCAGCAAAAGAUCCAGGUGGAAUGAAAGCUGGAACAUUUGAUCCGUAUCCUUCCCAUUCCAAUGAUCCUUAUAUGAAAAAGCCUGCAACGAGUUCUAAAAUUGCCAAAGGAGGAAAGCCAUUCCAUCCACCAGGUGGACCCAAAUCCUACCCCAUACAAAGCAUCUUACACUCGAAUGUCGUUAAGUCGGUGAACCCUGUGAAUUAUAAAAAUGUAAAAGUAACAUCUUUUUAGAAAGACAUACAACUGCACGUCCAACACACAUAGCAGAUUCAAGGCAACGGAGCGGUGACACCCAUGAAGACAUUCAUCUGCUCUUGUACAUUUUCUAUAACAAAUACAUAGAUUUCAAAACCCAA